UUGAUUGGGUUAGGAUAAAAUCAUGUUUGAUUCUUUUCCAACUGUUGGUUUAAAUUACUUUAAAAUUGCAUGUAAUGCUGCCUUUCCGGAUUUAACAACAUUAAGGAUCCGAUGCUAGACUUGGAGGAAAGUGGUAUUCUAGGUAUUGCAAGAAAUGGUUAGUAAAGUCUGUAAGUUUUGUCUGUUUUUGACCUGCCGUUUUCCUGUUUUAGGCCAGACGGAUUAAAUUUGUAUAUUCUUUUAUGUUGGGUUUAUAAUUACAUUUUUUACCAUUUGAUUGCCCAUGGUUAGAUCUACAUCUAGGGAAAGCCCUGUUGUCUCUGACAAAAAGACCUGGAAAAAACAAACAAAAAGGAUAGAUUUGCUACUCACAACAGAUAUCUGACACCCCCCUAAAGACAGGGGUGUUAGAAUCUGGUCUAGAGAAUCAAACAAGUCGCCUAAAAAGAUUCCUCUUCAGCUCUUCUUCUUCUUCUUCUUCUACUUCGAUGAAUCCUAGAAUGGGAAGCAAUUAUUAAGUCUUCCUUAUUUCCCUCAAAAGAGCCACAUCAAUCAAUCAAAGGAAAAGGUUUUUUCAGAGGUGACAUAUGGAUAACUUUCCAAAAGUUUUGUGUGGGUGGAGCUGGGAGGAGAACAAGUUGUUUGAGCUGGCUCUAGCAUUGGUUGAUGAGCAACACCCAGAUCGCUGGGAAGUUGUUGCAGCCAUGGUUGGAGGGAAAAAAAGUGCCGAAGAAGUUCAGAAACAUUAUGUGAUACUUUUGGAAGAUUUGCAGUUUAUAGAGUCUGGUAAACUGGACCAUAAACUUGUCGAAGCUCAGUCUUGUAUUCAAGUCGACUGCAAUCAAUCUGUCUGCUGGACUGAUGAAGAUAACAGCUUGCUGGUUCGAUUGGACAUAAAUUGAUCUUCUGAGCUAGUUCUGGUUUAUGAAAGCAGAUUGGUUACUGGUGGCUGCCAAAACCCAUGUCCCGGUAAGAAUGCAGGGCAUAUUUAACAAGGUUGGUUGUUAUUAUUAAUGUAUCAAUCCUACUGCUAUAUCCGCUGUUCCUAGAUGUAAUCAAUCUCUUCAUUAUGAAACAGAAACUGUUGGAAGGAUUUUUAACAUUUCAAUUUGUUGAUAGUAGAAAAUGGGUCUGGAGCCUUGUUUAAUUGGAAGUUGAGUAGCAUGAUGUGUUAGGCUUAUUUUUACUUGCCUUUUAAUGAUUAUGAGUACUAAUCUUAAUCACACUCAGAAACUUAGAACCAUCUCCCCGAUGAUCUGAAGUCUCUAUCGGGGCACAAUGCCGGCAACGUCCAAGAUCUGACUUGCUAGGAGAACUCUUAGCUACCACUCAUUUACAUUGCUUAAUAUGAACAUGAUUCUCUGCUUUUUCAAAAUCCAUUAAAGUUGGUCACUUUUACGGGCAUAAUUAUGCCACUCUAGCUGUAAAUGAACUUGAUUUCAUUAGUCAGAGAAAUUUCGGUAUCCACAAGGAUGAUACUUUUUUCCGGGGGUUUGUUCUCUAUAUCAUGAGAUAGAAGAGGAGCUUGAGAGAUUAGUUUCGUAUUAAUGUGUUUUAUCAAUAUAAAUGAUUCUGACCACAAGCGUAGCAUAACAUUUGAGAAACUAAUAUCAUUAUUGCAGCCUUAUCCAGUGAAUUUUAAGCUCUGUGCGGUUUCUGCUUGCAAAGAUUCGGGCAUUACUGCCUGGAAAGAAGCAAUGACAAGCAAGAUCAAUCCGAGAUCCCAAUUUAUCUUUGUUUUUCUGUAUAGAAUGAUCAAACUACAGAAAUCUUCCCUUCCUAGCACAUGAGAUUGUAUUUUACAAUUACCUAAUUGGGAAAGGAAAAUUAUUUUGUUUAAAAAAAAAAAAAAAAGAGCCCUGCUACUACACCCCUGUAAAGGGAAUACCAAUCUCAAUGAAGAAUUCGUCUCUUCGUUUUCCGUGUAGCACAAAAUGCUUAUGGAGUUAUGGGACCAAUUCGAAACAGGAAUGGCAGCUUUGGCAAAACCGGAAAUCCUCUGUGCCCUCGGUCUUCAGUCUCUUAAAGCAAUGCGGCAUGUAAGUGUUAAUUGCGUCGUUUUCCCCGUACCAAUGGUGAUAGUGGAAGAAUAAGAACAAAGGCAACCAAGUUCUCAGAAAUGAUUGCAAAAUCGCAAUGCAUUUUCCGUAAUUAGUGAAACAAUUAAUCUCCAAGCUAUGAAACGUUUCCAACCAAUUCCGCUCGCCUGAUUCCGUUAAUGACAACUAUGGCUACAGGUUGCUAAUGCUUGUUUUUAUUACAUUCCCAUUUAUGGUACAGAUGUUGUAUAAAUGGACUUAAGAAUCGCUACUUAUUAAUUAUCUUGAAAUUCUAAAUAUCGAGAGAAACUUCAUUCAAAGUAUAAUGAAAUGAAUAUACUCCACAGUCAUGCAAAAAAUAAAAUAAAUAAAUAAAAGAAAAAACAAUCCGCUGCCGCUGGACAAGGCGAUCAUGUUCACAUCUGAUUGCACUAAUGCCAGGUCAACAGAUUUAGAAGGUAGCUCCACUUGGAUUCAGAGAAUAGUUUUAUCUUCAACAAAACAAAAGAAAAUGAACAAAAAGGGCAAAAAAGAGCUGGGGUCGGGGGUGGUGGAGGUAUAGCUAACCACGCUUAUCUUGGCUUCUUGUUAAACGUAGCUAUCAUGAACCUGGAUCUGAAUUCAAUCACUUGGUUAUUGCUUAUUAUAACAAAACAGAGAAAGAAUAAUCCCAAAAAUAAUGAAGAUGAAAAAAGAGGGAGGAGAAAACGGAAGAGGCAGA